AUGGUUUUUGAGAUUUAUGCAAACAACUCGUUUGUGGGAGGAAUAUUUAGAGCAAGGAUAAUGCUUAAGAGGUGUUUUAAGAAAGAUGAGGUGGCUGAUGUGUUUGUAACGGCCAGAAUAGUUGGAGUUAUUAUUAUUAAUGGCAAAGAAAUCAAGGUUUUGGAAGCAGUUCCUGUACAACUUCAGAUUGAGCAAUGCGGCGCUAGCUAUGCAUGUGUGAUACCGAAGGACAGUGUUCCAUCGAUGAAGCUUAAGUCAUUUGAAGUUGAAUAUAGAAUUGUUGUUGAGAUGUAUUUCAGAGGAGUAAAGGAGACUGAUGCACAGGUAUUUGAGGUUUAUGCAGCUGGAUUUGAGCCUUUGAAGCCUAUGGAGAAUGUAGUGAUAUGCAAAGAGAUGAUUAGAGUUGGAAGUGGAGAGGAAACAGCUUUUGAGGAAAUAAUUAGAAGUUUGCGUAGAAUGCUUGGAGGAAGUAUGAAUGGAAUUGAGGAGACAGUCAACAGCAAGGCAAGAAUGAUUGAAAACCUUGGAGGGUUUAUGAAUGAUGUAACGCAUAGAUUCAGAGUAUUGUGCAAAGGAGAUGUGUAUCUGUAUAUGUCGGUGGAUGAUAUUUCAGUUGAGAAUGAAAGACGCAAGAUUGUUAUUAAGGAAGGCGAUGUGGAGAUUGCUAGAGUUGAGUAUGGAAAGUACCUGAUUGAAGAGGAUAGAAUGGUUGUGAGGUAUGAAAGAACGGUAAAAUUUACUGAAGUAUUUAUUGUGACUGUUGAAUGCAUAAAUGGAGAGAUUUAUAAUGAAGAAGAAAUACUUGUUGAUGCAUUUGAAUCUGAAAGAUGUGUUUUUAAGGAGAUUUUUGUGUUGUUUGACAGACGAGGAUGCUUUACGGUUGAAUAUGGUGCGAUUUGUGUGAAGUUUGCAUACAGAGUUGUCUUGGAUGGCAAGAGAUAUACUCUUCCGCUGUUGAAGAUAAGCAGUGGCUCUGUGAUAAUGAUGGAAUGA